AUGAAGAAAUUGCCUUUGUUUUAAGUUUAAGUAUUGAUUGAAGUAAAGUUCUAAUGGCUGUGAAACGGAAAACAAACAGGAAAGAGAUUGACGACGAAGUUUAUAGGGAAAAUUGGUUUUUUACAUCCAAGAAACAGAAAUUUGAUGAAGUUUUUAGGGCUGGAUUCAAAGAUUUUAGCUUUCAAUUUAAAGUUGAAGAAAGUAAAUCGCCAAAUUUUCUGCCCCGAGUUCAAGAUUACUGUUUUUCAGCAGAAAGUCCAAGAUCCCAUCUUCAUCGUGAGGUCAAAGUUGAAUUGAGGAAAAUCAAUAUAUGCUGCUCGGCAUGUAAGAAAGUUUGCAGUGAUCUUAACGAAAAUUCGUUAUGCCCCGAUUGUGGAGUAAAGUCUAAUUUUAUAGCUGUAAUUUGCAAUGGGAUGGAAGGGAUUUAUUUUCCAGAACUUCAUAUGGUUGAGUGUAGGUGUGGUUCUUGCAGGGUUAAGAAGCUGACAGUUGGUGAAUGGGAACGGCAUGCUGGUUCCAGAGCGAAAAAGUGGAAGGUCAGUAUUAAGGUGAUGAUGACUAUGCAACCACUAGGGGAAUGGGUUGCGAAUAACAAUGGUCAUGGAAUUACUCCUUUGAAAAUAGAUAGGCGGCAGCAAUUGAUGUCACUCUUGCAAGAAAAGUAUAAUCCGGUUAAUGCAAAGUGGACCGUAGAGCGUUGCGCAAUUUGUAGAUGGAUUGAAGAUUGGGACUUCAACAAGAUUAUUAUAUGCAGUAGGUGCCAGAUUGCUGUUCAUCAAGAAUGUUAUGGCGCUAGAGAGGUUCAAGAUUUAGCUUCGUGGGUCUGCCGGGCUUGUGAAACUCCAGAAGUUGAAAGGGAAUGUUGUCUGUGUCCUGUCAAAGGGGGUGCGUUGAAACCUACUGAUGUUGAUCCUUUUUGGGUUCAUGUCACUUGUGGUUGGUUUAGACCUGAAAUUGCUUUUGUUGAUUAUGAGAAGAUGGAGCCUGCCAUAGGACUUCUCGCGAUUCCACCAAAGUCCUUUCAUCAAGCGUGUAGUAUAUGCCAGCAGACUCAUGGUUCUUGCAUACAAUGCAGCAAAUGCACGAUAUCUUAUCACUCCACGUGUGCUUCCCGAGCUGGAUACUACAUGGAAAUGCAGUGCUCAGAGAAGAACGGAACACAAACAACUAAAUGGUUAUCGUAUUGUGCUUCUCAUAAAGCCCCAAGUGAGGAUAACAUUUUAGUCAUGCGAACUUCUGGUGGAGUUUACUCGAACCAAAAUUUGCUUCAGAGAAGAAAUGGAGGCAGAGUGUUGAAAGGUUUGAGGCACAUGCCUUCCGAUGCAUCAUCAGCUGAAACUAACGAACCAGAUGAUUUCUCUGCAGCUAGAUGUCGAGUUUUCAGACCAUCAACGGACAAGAAAGCUAAACCAGAACCAAUAAUCCACAGGGUAACAAGGCCUCACCAUCACUCACUAACAGCCAUACAGAGUUUAACCUCAAAACAACAUCAAGAAGAAAAGAAUUUUCCAACAUUGAGAGAGAGAUUGCAUCAUUUGGGUAAAACUAUAAACCACCGGGUUUGUUUUGGAAAAUCCGGUAUACAUGGAUGGGGUCUCUUUGCAAAGAGAAAGCUUCAAGAAGGAGAAAUGGUAGCCGAGUAUGUGGGUGAGAAGAUAAGGGGCAGCGUUGCUGACCUUAGAGAGCGUAAAUACAAGUCACAAGGCAAGAACUGUUACUUCUUCAGGAUAAAUGAAGAAGUAGUGAUUGAUGCAACCAUGAAAGGAUCCAUCGCAAGAUUAAUCAACCACUCAUGCAUGCCAAAUUGCUUUUCAAGGAUCAUGAGUCUUGGAAAAAACGAGGAUCGGAUCGUUCUUUUUGCUAAAAAGGAUGUUUCAGCAGGGAAUGAGUUAACCUUUGAUUACAGAUUUGAGGCUGAUCAGAAUGAUGAGGUUAAAGUCCCCUGUCAUUGUGGAGCUCCCAACUGUAACAAAUUCAUGAAUUAGAAUAGCAUAGGUAGAUAGAUUAUUGACUGUUCCACUUCCUAACUGUUAAAAGGAUUGUGGGAAUAUUUUGUUCUUCACCCACACUCCAAU